GUCCACCUCCUGAAUGAGAGCUUGCGGAGGAUCCAGCGCCGGCAGCUCGAGACAAAAGCCUCAGAUCAAGACAAAAAGAAACAAAUCUGUGUUGUGAGGGGGGAAGCCUGCGCAGAAGAAAUCCCACGGAGUUCACUCUGCGCGUUAAGAGUUGUCCGGCUCAAUCACCCUCAGCGCUGAUAGGAUUGAGUCGGUAGCCGGGAGCAGCUCUUCCCCAUGGAGGCGAUGCAUUUGCCGGACAACUGGAGGAAGGAUCUCCAUGUGUCGCAGGGAGCCGUGGGCAGCUCAGCGGACAUGGACCGGCUGAACAGGAACGUGCCCGAGUGCGGACGGCCAGCCCACCAGGUGUUGCAGAGCACCCCACUGGACCUGAUCGAGACCGGGAGAGGGCUGAAGUUCCAGGCGGAGCGCCCCCACCUGGUCAGCCUGGGGAGCGGACGCCUGAGCACCGCCAUCACCCUGCUGCCCCUGCCCGAGGGACGGACCACUCUGGGUCAUGGUUCCAUGGACAUCAACAUCCAGGGCCCCGGGGUGGCUGCUCAGCACUGCUACAUAGAGAACAGGUCAGGGGUCAUCACGCUGCACCCCUGCGGAAACCUCUGCGCCAUAGACGGGCUCCAGGCGACGCAGCCCGUCCGCCUGUCACAAGGUUGCAUGCUGUGUUUUGGCCAGUCAAACUUCUUCCGCUUCAACCACCCUGAAGAAGCCUUCAGGAUGAAGAGCAUGAUGCCCCAGGGAGGGAGCGUCUCCACGGGGGACUACAGAAUCUGUACAGACACAGAGAGCUUGGUCAAUGGGAAUCACCAGGCCAGGCCAGGCCAGUCGCCCUCAGCUCCUGGAGAGAGAGUCCAGUCUGAGCACAGUGCAAUCGUCAGCUCCAUUGAGAAGGACCUCCAGGACAUCAUGGACUCCCUAGUCAUGGAUGACCCCCAGCCGUCUUCCUUGGAGGCCAAAAAGCAUCCCGGAGGCCAACCAAUUCCCCACUCGCCUCUGUCGCCCAUGUUGAAUGGAGGGGGCCGGUAUCUGCUGUCCCCUCCUACCAGCCCAGGGGCCAUGUCUGUGGGGUCCAGCUAUGAGAAUACAUCCCCUCCCUUUUCCCCCCUGUCGUCACCCUCAGCGGCCAGCAGUGGGAGCUUUACCAGCCCAUCUCCUAGUGGAGGACCCCAGGACCAGAGUUCUUCUCUGCCGCCAGUGCCUGUACGCUCCUCUAGCUACAAUUUCACCUCCCAGCCUCCACCUGUGCCCCAGGCACGGACAAUUUUGCCCAACUUCAGCAGUGGUGGGGUGGGCCAGAAGGUUCAGGAAAGCCCCAGGGUGCAGAGGAAGGUCUUAACAGAGGCUCCUCAGAGCCCAAAGACAAGCCGUAGAGGACUUGGCCAAGAUGGGUCUGAGAGCCCACGACAGACCUCCUACCUGUCCUCAAGUGAAUCUCUCAAUAGUAGAAACAUUGUGCCGAGUAGCCCCAGACUCACCCCCAAAUUCCCCACCUCUUCGUCCCCGUCUCCCUCCAGUCCCAGGACCAAGACAACCACAGUGCUCCAGGAAAGGCCUGCCAGCCCCUUUAGAGAGCAGACCUCUCUAGCUGAUUGCUCCCUCACAUCUAGCCCUUCCAGGCAGCUUUCCCAACCCACCAGAACCUUCCAGCCUCCCUUGGACCCCAUUGUCCACGUCAUCCAAGGAUCACCGCUUCAGCAGCAUCCACGUUCACUGCAGCCCCCUGAAAGCCCACGCAUGGCCAGGAGGAACCUGGAGCUGAACGGUGGCAGCGGCUCGAGCAGCACAAUGAGAGAGCUGCCCCCUCUUAGCCCCUCCAUGGCUCGGAGAGGGGUCCCAGUACUCCCAGGGGCACUACCAGGGACAAUCCCUACUUUGAGGACUCCAGAUAGUCCCUCAGGUCUUGUCAAAUUUGUUCCAGAGAGUCCCAGGCUCAGACGAAAGACUGGAUCUUCAUCUGAGGAGCAGAUGUGCAGCAGGGGGAUCAGAGCCCGCAGUCCGUCACCUACCUCUAUGAUGAUGGAGGGCGGAGGUGGUGGAGCGGGGGGACGGAAGGCAAGUGCUGGGAACACCCUGUCUCCUGCUUACAGUCUGGGAUCCCUGCCUGGCUCUUCCCCCGCAGCCAGCCCCAGGACCCACAGGAAGAUGUCUGCAGGGAGACCUCACCCUGGGAUGAGGGAGAGGAAGAACAGCAUCACAGAAAUCAGCGACAAUGAGGACGAGCUGCUAGAGUACCACCGACGACAGAGAGAGGAGAGGCUUCGAGAGCAGGAAAUGGAGAGACUGGAGAGACAGCGACUCGAGACCAUCCUGAACCUCUGUGCCGAAUACAACAAAGGCGAGAGUGACCCUCUGGGCCCCGGGAGGACGAGUUUCCCUGGAGGGCUGGCAGAUGGCUCCGGGCGGAGACCGUCCGUGGAGAAUGUGUUCGUAGGAAACUCGUCCUCAGCUUCGCUACGCCUGGCGCAGAGACUGAGGGAGAGUGACGACGAGAAUCUGAAGGAGGAGUGUAGCAGCACAGAGAGCACUCAUCAGGAGGUGAGGGCAUCUCCUGCUGCCAGCACAGCAUCAUCACUGCACAAUGGAGACAGACAGCAUGAGGACUCGUCCAGUUCGAGCAGCGCAGGCCGUCUGGAGCUGGGUUACCUGGUGGACGAGCGGGUCCGCGUUCUUGCUCGGAUCGAUGAGCUCAAAACCCGACUGACUGAGCUAGAGCAACAACUCCAGGAGUCCAAACAAGAGGCAGAGAUGGAGCGCGCUUUGCUGCAGGGCGAGAGGCAGGCGGAGCUCGACCAGAUAGCGGCCGAAACGGACAUCGUCGCUCAGCUGCAGCGAAAGCUGGAUGAGCUGGAGAGCGCCAUCCAGAGGGAGAAGGACAAGGAGAGAGCUAAUGUUGAGGCCGAGCGCCGGGCCCUGCAGAGCCUCCAGGAGGGCUACGCUGAGCUGAAGAACCAGCUUCAUAACUGUCCCGAGUCCCUGCGGGAACAGUUGCAGGAACAGCUCAAAAGGGACGGAGAGGCGCUGGAAGCAGGAACCAAAAAGUUUGAGGACCUGGAGUUUCAGCAGCUGGAGAGAGAGAGCAGCCUGGAGGAGGAAAGAGAAACCAUCAGCCAGCAGCUGCUCCAGGAGAGAGCGGAGUACCACAGCAGUGUGGCCAAGAGGAAGGAGAAGGUGUCUGCUCUAGAGAACCAGGCCAACCAGCUCAGCCUCCAGUCAUCGCAGGAGUGUGAGCGGCUGGCGAAAGACAGAACCCUCACACUGCAAAUGCUCCAAAAGGAGAAGGAGAGACUGUCCGCCCUGGAGAAGAGAUACCACAGCCUGACAGGAGGAAAGAGCUUCCCCAAGUCGUCCAGUGCGAUGAGAGAGGAAAUGCUCCAUAUCAGCGAGGCCGACCUGUUGUCGGAGGAUGUCUACUCCUCCCAGCAUUCCCUCUGUCAAGCCUCUUCUCCCUACUUACAUCCCUCCCCUCCCUGUCAGUUGUACCCCAGCAGCCCUACGGAGGAGUACAUGCAGCUGUCGGACGUUUAUAAGAUGUACGGCGGGGGCGGCCGCCAUGGCAGCAGCAAGCCCGCCUCACACGGCAGCUCCUUUGCCAUUGAUGCUACGUUAACUGCCGCCUGCGAGGAGUACGUGACAGUGGGCCAGUUAAAUCAGAUGUAUGGGAUGCCAAAGGUGGAGUCGUCCCCUACCUCCCCGCUUCGCCAGCCCCUGCAGCCCGGAGCAGUAGACCCCGCCUUCUCCUGCCUCCCCUCUCCUCAUGGCUCCUCCCUCUCUCUCUCUGUGGAGUACCACUCUGAGGGCAGUAGGCCUCACCUGGCCAAGCUCGAUUUAGAGCAGUGGUACCAGGAGCUGAUGGCUGACUCCGGUCAGAUAUAUCCUCCCCCUCUGCCAGCCAAGUCUCUCUCUGGCCGCAGGCCUGUGCUGCAGGUGUUCCGCUCCAAGCUGGACAGUGAUCCAGGUCUUUCUCUCCAUCAGCCCAAGUCGGGCUCUGCGUCGCCCCUGCAGUACGGUGCGGCGACGCUGGGGCGCAACGCCAGCUCCAAGAGCCCCCUGCUGGUGGCCAACAGCACCGGCAGUCUGCCCAGGAACCUGGCUGCGACGCUGCAGGACAUAGAGACCAAGAGACAGCUCGCCCUGCAGCAGAAAGAGUCCCAGACCUCCAGCGUGCACGCCAUAGAGGGAAGCUCAGCAGGUCAACAGGUGAUCGACGAGCAGCGGCGUCGCCUGGCCGAGCUCAAACAGCGUGCCGCGGCGGAGGCUCAGUGCCAGUGGGAGGCGCUCCACGGCUCUCAGACCCACCUCAUGUCCGCGUCCUCCUCGUCGCCCUCCUACUCCCCCAUCAUGGCCUACAGCCCCAUGCUGGGCCACAGCUCCAUAGGGCCCCCGCCUAUGGUUCACCACUCCAUCCUGCACCACCAGCCGCCGUCAGCUGGAGAGCAGCCCUACGACACCCUGAGCCUGGAGAGCUCCGACAGCAUGGACACCAGUGUGUCCACGGGGAACAACUCAGCCUGCUCGCCAGACAACAUGUCCAGUGUUGGAGGAAUGGACUCACUGAAGAUCGAGGAGAUGGAGAAAAUGCUGAAGGAGGCCCAGAUGGAGAAAGCCAGACUUAUCGAAUCGCGGGAACGAGAGAGCCUGACUCGCCGUCACAUGCUGGAGGAGGAGAGAAGGAGGAGGGAGGAGGCGGAGAAAAGGCUGCAGGACGAAACGUUCCACCGCCAGCAGCUGGUGGAGAAAGAGGUCAAGAUGAGGUCCAAGAACUUCUCUCAGGCGCGUCCUAUGACCCGCUACCUGCCCAUUAGGAAGGAGGAGUUCGACCUGCGCUCUCACGUGGAGUCGUCGGGCCACAGCGUGGACACCUGCUACCACGUCAUCCUCACCGAGAAGAUGUGCAAGGGCUACCUGGUGAAGAUGGGGGGCAAGAUCAAGUCCUGGAAGAAACGCUGGUUCGUCUUCGACCGCCUCAAGAGGACCCUCUCCUACUACGUUGAUAAACACGAGACCAAACUGAAGGGUGUGAUCUACUUCCAGGCAAUAGAAGAGGUCUACUACGACCACCUCCGCAGUGCCACAAAGAGCCCCAACCCCUCGCUGACCUUCUGCGUGAAGACCCACGACCGGCUCUACUACAUGGUGGCCCCCUCAGCAGAGGCCAUGAGGAUCUGGAUGGACGUCAUCGUCACAGGAGCCGAGGGAUACACGCAGUUCAUGAACUAAGAGACACGCAGGUGAUGAGCAAAUCGUUUUUUCGGCAGGGACAGACUCUACAGACCCUCCCCGUUUUUCCAGUCCACGGCAGACACGGCGCCUUGUUUGUUACUUUAAUCUCACCGAUUGAUUUCACCACGUACAUGUUCACCUCCACAUUUCCUACGUCAUUCUGUUUGGAUUUAAAAAGGGAGCCCUUGAAGGACACACUUACACUAUUGUAUAUAAACCAAAAUGUAUACCUGUCAGAGACAUUUCAAAAGCCUUUCUAUAUUGCCAAAUGGAGAUAUUGUAGUUAAUGUUUGUUAAACCCUUUUGUAUUAUUUGUUUCCUUUUCCUUUAUUUUAAAUUUUUUACUUAUGGCGAAAAAUUGCCAAAUGACAUGAUGCCAAUGUUUUGUUUGCGUGCUCCAUCAGGACUAUGCUGAGUUCAGACAGGUAGAGUUUGGAAAGAAUCUUCAAAGGGUGUAAUCAUUUUCAGAAAUAUGUUUGAAAGAAUCUUAUUGUACAAAUCUAUAAAUUAUGAUAGAGAUGAGUCAGUCAGCGGGGACUGGAGGUGAUCUGCGAGUCCAGCACACUUAGUCUGUGACACGGUAAAGCCCUGCGUCCUCCAUGUCCACAGCAGUCACUUGUAGAUGCAACAUUAACACUAAAUCUAGUGCGGCACGCCCUCGUCAUAUUACUUCACUCACAGUAGGUUUAUCAAAGUAAUUACAGGUACUCUGUUCGACGUGGACCCACCACAACUCAGGAGUUCAUGCUAUGGUUUGUCCAAUGUGGAGUUUGAAGAAGCCUGUGCUGAUAUUAUUAUUGUCUGCUCUCUAGAGGCUCAACUGACACACAGUAGAUAUCCUCUAUAAUAAGUAGGUAGAAAUGUUCCUCUGUGGACAGAGCCGGGCUUUGCUUUUCCCAGGUUUCAGUUAUAUGCUGAGCCAAAAUAAUCACCUGCUAAUUGUAGCGUGAUAUUUACUCAACAGACACGAGCGAUAUCGAUGUCUCACUAUAAAGAAGGUCAAAUGACGUGAAACUAUUGCGAGACGGACUGGUUAUUCACUGGACUUUUUCCAUCUACCUUGGAUAAUGUCCAACACUCAAACAUUGACUCCCCCCCCCCCCAAAACAAAGAACGCCCAUAUAUUGGUCGAACCAUAGCUGUCACAUUCUCAGUGUCCUCGUGAAUAUGUCGAACAGGAAUAUCGCAAUGUGUGUGAAUAUGAUGCCAGCAUAUUGCCACCUGCUUGCUAGACAAAAAAAAAAAAAAAAAAGAGCCAGACUGUUUGCCCAAGUAGCCUUUCGCUUACUGGAUGAUGCGACCACACAGCUGGGAAGCUGCCAUCGCCACUGCCAGCCUGAAGCAUCUCCUCCUAGAGGGCGCUGCAGAGACCACACUAACACAGGAUCAACCGUACGGACUAAUGCAAUUCAGAACUGUGCCUUGACUGUGUGUUGUUACCGACGCCGUGUAUCAGAGUCAAUCGUGCUGCGAUGCAGCGUGUGGACAGAUUUGCAUGAGGUCAACUACUUUCUAAUGGGGACGUCUGCCUGUAGCAUUAUUACAGGCAGAGAUACCAGAGGGCCCUUGAUCACAUUGGAGAUCAACGUUCAUAUACCAAGAAAAUAUGAGAAAAUAACCCGGAUGAUCAAUAUCACCAUAGGUUUAGGUAAAAGCUUGCACCACAAACUGGGGGCAUGUGGUUUAAAAGGUGUGGGAGUUUACCAGUCAAGGAGGAUCUGAUGGGAAAGCACCACUGGUGCAGUAGUUCGUGUUCUUGACCCAUACCAAAGACUAAAAGUCCGAUAGCUCCUGUUUCUGCUACAGAACCAGCUGGAAAGUGGAUUGUGCAAAAGAGGCUUAAAGUCUUGUUCCUAAUAUAGUUAUAUCCUAAUUUGUACAUUCAACAGAGCAAGGUUAUUAGAACUGACUUGUUUGCGAAAUUAUUAAUUCAGACUAUACUGUAAAGUAUAUUUGAAGUAGACAAAAUGGGAUUUUUGACUUAAAAACUAAAAAGAAUCAACUUUUAAUUUGCUCCCACAUCAGCGAUUUAGUCAACCAAAACUCAAAAAAAAUCCCUGCUGCGCGCACGACGACACGUAGAGAAACGUUGCAUCAUCACGUUGUCAAUCUAUCGUCGGGCCGGUUUGUAGUAAAGACAGGUCUUAGUAGGAGCAGAGAGCGGACCUGACGCUGUGAUUUGUGGAGCAUGUGGAACCGUCGUUUAGUUUCAUGUGCUGGUACAGUGAUGAUAAUUUAUGAUUGUGGUGCCUGAGGUAGUGAUGAUUUACUUCUAGAACAUGAAGCAGAAGACGAGUGAAAAGACCUUAAUAUAUUCUAUCCCCCUUGCCUUUUCAACAUUUACGAACCAAACUGUUCAACACUGGCAAGGCUGUUAAAUCAUGUCUGUUGAUAGUAGAUGGUAUAUACAAGACUGUUGUUAUAUAUGUUGAAAAGAAAGGAAACUAAAUAUACUGUAGAGGAUGCCUGAAUGAAAAAAAAAAAAAAUCUUACUAUUGAAAUGAAAGAGUAUUGUAUGGAAAUAAGUACAAUUUUUACUUAUUUUUGUCAUUUUAGAUAUUUUAUUGUCAGUUACAUUUUCAAUUGUAUGGUAGUGAUGUAUCAAUCUACCUUUUUUAUUACUGGUACAGCAGAAAACAGAAUAACUCACCUAGCACUCACGUGACUGUACUGUUUUUUUUUCUAGAAAGUAGUUCCUGUUUCAUACACACACACACACACACACACUACUCGGACCAUACUGUGUUAUUGGUACCCUGUACGUCUCAUGCGUCACUUUCAGGUAUGAAUAAUAUGGAUUUUGUCAAAUCUAUUAAAAACUAAGCUGUUACAGAG